GCGUCAGCCUCGAGGACCCCGAGCGCGCCCCGCUCGUCGGCAGCGGGUAGACGCGGGCGCAUACACGUCGCCGUGGGGCGUGGUAUGAAAUGGUCGAUGCAUGAAUGACGAACGAUUGCUGGAAUGCACGUUGUGUGUACGAGUCGUUUGGCGAAACAAGUAUCGUAGGCUAAUUGUAUAUACAUGUUUGGAUAUUUCUCUCUCGUCCCAUUCGUCUCUUGCUUUUACUUUUACUGUUUUUUACUCUGACUCGCAAUGUCAACGUCACUGCAUUGCCUUGACGCUCCCGCUCCGCCCGCAGCAAGUCUUCCGGGCGUCGGCGCCGCCGCCCAUGUUACUGGAGUGAUAGCUUACAAACAGUCGCAGACGCAUCAUCCCGGGUCUAGUAGCACAGCGAUCUCCCCUCCCUUCCCCAUCUCCAUCUCCCCUUCCCCCGCCCGGAUCUCCAUCUCCCCUUCCCUCGCCCGCAUCCCCCUUCCCCCGCCCGCAUCUCCCGUUCCCCUUUCCC